AUACCCAGGUGGUACCAACCAGGUACAAACGCUGGUGUUGUGUUGACGUUUGACGUGCAGGACCACGGCCGUGUCCCCUCUCUGUGUAGCACUAGAAAUGUGUUAUUAAUGACCGCGUAGUUUUGUCAAAGUUGUAUGUAUUUGGAAUUUAUCAGCUGACUGAACAACAAAUAAUUUGGGCCACAACAGCGGCGAAAGCAAUGAUACACCACUGGCCACAUCCUGGUAACAAAUAGGAAAAAAGGAUCUCGUGACUCCCUUCUUAAUGUCAUCUGUAUUUGGUUGCUUGACAUAGGAUUUCAACGCAUUGUUGUGUUUUUAACACCUAUAUAUCUCGGUAAUAUUCAGUGAUUAAUGCUUUUGUAAAUGUCAUGUGCAUUUCUUCAUUAUCCGAUUUAUAGAGUGGCCGAUCGCAUAGAUAUUAGGUGGUAGAAUUAUGACUAUAAAUACGUGAUAAUUUUAUUUGUCGAGUGUAACAUGAUUACCGGUUCAGAUUGGGAUUUUGAUAGACUAGAAGAUGGAACUCACAAAAUUGCUGGAGAAGUUCAGUUGCGUGCAUACGGACGAUUUUUGGAAGAUUAUGCAUCCCAGUUGCAAGGAAUUCAGGAGGCAUUGGAGGAUUGCAUGGGUGAUUCCUGGGACAUGAGUGUUGAUCCAAUAGCCCUGCAGUUUGCACCCCAUGAGCAGUGUACUCUUUUACAAUUAAUUGAUACUGACAAUAAAGUUUUGAACAAAGUUUUAACAGUGUUCACAACUCUGUGUGCAGAAGUUCGUUCUUUGCAAUCAGAAGCAAAACUGAAAUAUUAUGAAACACUUAUGUUUUAUGGAGAAGGAGAUAACUCCAGUAUCCAGGAUGGUGCAGCUCAGGUGAUGAUGGGAAGUCUUCUUCCUCAUUUACAAGAACUGGGAUGUUUCAUUAAGAGGUGCGAAGAAGUUGCAAUUCAGAUAGUGCAGCAGCUUGCUGCAGUUUAUUCAUCACCUAGAGAAUCAUCUCAAGUAAUGAAUGCUGUAGAUAUACAUUUUCAGGAUGUAUUUGAUCACCUUGGUGAUUUACUUCUGAUCUUGGUUACCUUAGAUGAAAUUUUAGGCAAUCACGGCCCAAUUCAAGAUCACUGGAUAAUUUAUAAGAGAACAGUGGUGUCAGUUCAUCAUGAUCCUGAAAAAUUUGGUGUAAAACGUGAAAGAUUGGCAACAUUUGAAAAAAUUCUGACAGAUUUAGAAACUAAUUUACUUACAGGGAAAAUAUUUCAGAAAGCUGUAGAACAACCGUUUGAUAAUAAACAAGGACAAGUAUCAAAGAAUAGUGCAUUAGCUGACGAAUUUUUCUUGUAUUUAAAAAAUUCUGUUAAUGAUUUGGACACCAAAGCCAGUGAAAGAUUAGAUUCAAAUUAUCUGUUAUCAUGGGUAAAACUUAGUGCACUCUAUGUAUUAAAUUUCCAAUUAUUUGGAACUGCAGAUAAGAAACUUUUCAAGCAGUUGUGGGAUUUGCACAAGAAGAUUCCUGUCGUUACAUUAAUUGGAAAUGUAUUAUGGGUCCCAGAGAAUUUUCUCCUUGCUCAUUUGCCAGUAAUAGCAAAAACUAUGGACAAGAAGGCUCAACAAACACUAGUUACUAGUAGAUCAAAUUACCUGCAUCAGAAGUCAUUAAAUUUAGUGCGAGAUUCUCAAACCUAUUGUCUUCAGACUUUCUCAUGGAUGAUACAAAUGGAAAACAGCUUAAAGCAAGAAUCUACUCAGCUGAAAUUGGAUGAUCUAAUUGAACGAUGCAAGCUGUUUCUUCAGGGUGUUCAGUUUGCUUGUACUAUCAGCCACCUGCUAAAAACAGUUACCAAUCUUCAUGUAUCUCUCGCCAAGCCAAUGACCAAAACUGCUGUUAUAGCUUUGUGCAAGAUGAUAGAACUUCUCAAAGGGAUUCAGCAUAUGUACCAUCGUCAUUUUAUGGCUGUAUCAGAAUCUGUUAAUCAUGUAAUUCAACAUCUGUCAUACCGGGCCCUCAGUAUAAUUGCCACAGCAAAGAAAGGCUUGGUUCAAGAUAAAAGGUACAGUGAAAAACAUUUGGAUAUCUUGUCUUCCUUGGUUCUAGCAGAGAAAGCAUUACAUGGACCAGGCACAAAAGAAAGACAUUUGGUAUUGCGGCUGGCCUUGUGUACUGCAAAUCAGAUGCGAACAUUCCGUGAAGAUGAACUUGUUCAACUGAGCACAUUGCUUCGAAAAUUGAAUGUGAUAUGUGAUAUUCAAGAAAAAUUAGCUGAUGCUUGUGACUGUUCUUUCCUGUAUUGGCAUCGUGUUGUUUUACCUAUAUACUUGUCUCAUGUAUAUGAAAGUAAAUCUGAUGUUCAAAAUAUUCUGUACAUGUUUUGUGCUUUACGAGAUUGUGUGGUUGCAAUGGAAAGAGUGAGACAAGACUCAGUAAGAUCUAUUCUGAAAGAAUCUUUUGAAAAAGAAGUUACCAGAUACUUGCAUGAACAAGUAAUUCAGCCCUUGUGUCAUGAAACAGAAACAAAUUUAAGGUUACAUGUCCAUUCUCAUCUCCAGUUAGAUGAUAGAAAUCCAUUUCGUGUUGGUAUCGAAGACAAUUCACCAAUACUUCGACUGCGACCAUUACGAUUUUUUGAUAAAUACAUUCAUAUCAAGGGCCAUGUAGAACACUACUUGGAAGAAACAUUUUACAAUUUAACAACUGUUGCACUCCAUGAUUGGAAAACAUAUGGUGAAAUGCGCACGCUCGCAAGAUACAAAUUUGGAUUGGAGACUGUUGAAGAUCAUUUACCCAGUCAGACACUGGAACAAGGUUUGGAUGUCCUUGAAAUAAUGAGAAAUAUCCAUAUAUUUGUGUCCAAAUAUUUGUAUAAUCUCAAUAAUCAAAUAUUUAUUGAACAAUCUAGUAAUAAUAAACAUUUAAAUACAAUUAACAUUCGACAUGUUGCCAACUCUAUUCGUACCCAUGGUACUGGAAUUAUGAAUACAACAGUCAACUUCACUUAUCAAUUUUUGAGAAAGAAGUUCUUUAUAUUUUCCCAGUUCAUGUAUGAUGAACACAUUAAAUCACGUUUAAUCAAAGAUCUCAGAUUCUUUAGAGAAAAUAAAGCACAAUUAGAGCAGAAAUAUUCAUAUGAACGUGCAGACAAGUUUAAUAAAGGCAUCCGAAAGUUAGGUGUAACAGCAGAUGGACAAAGUUUUCUGGAUCAAUUUCGAAUGCUCAUAAGUCACAUUGGAAAUGCAAUGGGGUAUGUGCGGAUGAUUCGAUCAGGUGGUCUUCAUUGCUGCUCAAAUGCAAUAUGCUUUAUUCCUGAUCUUGAAGACAUUGUGUGCUUUGAAGAGUUAUGUGCUGAAGAAGGACUAUCAAUAACAUGUCAAGAAGCAGCUAGGCGAUUGGAUCAAGUAAUUUCAAACUUGACCCGGAAUUUUGCUGAAGGAACUGAAUAUUUUAAGCUACUAGUUGAUGUUUUUGCACCAGUGUUUCGGGACCCUAAAAAUAUGCAUCUGAGGAACUUUUACAUGAUUGUUCCACCAUUAACUAUAAACUUUGUAGAGCAUUCCAUUACAUGCAAGGAGAAGAUGAGCAAAAAGAACAAAAUGGGAGCUGCAUUUACUGAUGAUGGAUUUGCUAUGGGAAUUGCAUACAUAUUGAAACUUCUUGAUCAGUACACAGAAUUUGAUUCAUUACACUGGUUCCAGUCAGUAAGAGACAAGUACAAUAAAGACAAAUUGGCUCUUACCAAACAAAAAUCAGUUGCAUCAAGAGAUGAUGAAAAAUUGCAGCAGACAAUGACACUAACUGCUAGAAGAUUGGACAUGUAUUUACAGGCAAGUUCUGGUGAAUUUGAUUUGCUGUACUACAGUCUGAGCAGUGCCAGAAUAUUCUUCCAAAAGGAUAAAACUGUACCAGAAGUGAAUCCAAAUGCUGAGUAAUGUAAAUCAUUGAGAGUUAGGACUGAUGAGAAACUGCCACAUAGUAUUGUAUAUUAAAUGUAAUUCCAUUAUAAAAUCUUGUAAUAUGAAUUAUGAUGCUCAUUUGUAUAUUAUAUGAAUUAUUAAAAUAAAAAUAUAUCACAUUAUACA